AUGUCCUACGGGUGGGCCGAAACUGAUGGGGAUUUGAUAGCUUCGCGACAGCCUUCUGGCCAAUUCGAUCGCGGCCGAAUUUCCGUCCAUCGAUCAGGAAACCGCCGGGCAUUUGUUCAGUUUGAAGACGUGGAUCAAGCAACUGCUUUCGUUAAAGAGCAUUUCCCAAAAAUUCUUAUUGAGCUCCAGCAUUCGACUGAUGACGCACCAGACGGCAAGUUUGAAGCAUACAUCCACUAUGCCCGGAACCGAGAUGACGGUGAAACCCGGCAGGUUCGAGCUGCCGACUGGGCCUGCCCUCAAUGUGACUUUUUGAACUUUUCUACAAGAGCAAGGUGCAAAAUAUGCGGCACGCAGCCACCCGCGAACAACUGGGAACAAAGCCUGACAGGUGCGGCUGAUGUCGCUGACGGUGCCGACGCCGUGUCGCAGAUCUUGGUGGUUUAUCCGCUGGCAUCUUUCGUGACCGAGGACAUGCUCGCGAAAGAUCUCAAACUCCUAGAAAAGUCGGAAGAACCGAAAAGCUCUGCCAACGGGCCGACCAAGUUAAAGUCAACCGCCCCAGGGGCCGAUGUCUCUCGAUACGGAGCCAAGCCCGAGUCACUGCACCGCGUGUUUCUCAUGCGUGAGGUUACGUCGGGAGAGAGCUUUAAAUACGGCUUCGCUGAGUUCUGGACCCUCGAGGAUGCGGCGGCGGCAGUGACCAAGUUUCGCAUGUCCCGCUCCUUCACUGUUGCCGGCUGUGCCGUCACCGUUGCCCCGACACAUAUGGGCGUCUUUCUACCGGAGGAGCGCGAAAUCGUGCCAAACAUCGAGCACAUGUCGUUUAAUCCGCUCUUCAACCCCUCCCUCCGCGUGCGAUACCGGGACACGCACGUAUUCCCGAGUCAACUGGUCGUCACGCCCCAACGACCGGCCGAGGCCAACCUCAACGCCGCCAAGUCCGCCGAGGACGAACAGGGCGACAAGAAGCAGAAGAAGCGCAGAGCGGAAGGAAGCCUAGCCGCGUCCGCGGCCAAGAAGGCAGUCCCCAUGGCAGGCCAAAUGGCCGUCUGGCAGCGGAAACACGACGAGCUCCGUGGCGUCGAAGAAGGUGGCGACGCACCAAACGGCCCUCCCGACCCAGCAACCAAGUCGGGCCCGAUCAAGAUCUCACUGUCAAACGCUACCAAAUUCGGGGCGCCUUCGGCAGCCCUCACGUCCGCAGGGCACCCUUCGCCACGCGAGAAGUCGCCAAGCGCCCAGGCCCCUCCGCCACCAAGCCCACCCCAACACGGGCCCGGGAGCCCUCGGGAGGAGGAGACGUACACGGACAAGGAAAGACUCAUGUGCCUCAUCUGCAUGCGCAAGUACAAGUCCCUCGACGAGGUCAACAUCCACGAGAAAUCGCGCAACCACAGGUCCGCGAUGCAAGACGACGACAAGGUCAAGGCAGCCCUGCCGCGACUUGCCACGCGCGACAAGCGCCAUCGACAGGACCCCCAGGUCCCCCAGUACCGCGACAGGGCCAAGGAACGCCGCGACAUAUACAACCAACCCGACCGACCUGCUCAGCCGUCCAAGCCCAGGAGCGAACCGAAGAAGGCGCCCGAGGAAACGAAGCCGGCCGCGGCAGUCGCGUCAAAGGGGGCAGGCAUGCUCGCCAAGAUGGGCUGGACUACGGGCGUCGGCCUGGGCGCAAACAGCGACGGCCGCACAGAGGCGAUCUCCACCAACGCCUACCAGGAAGGCGUAGGGUUGGGUGCCGAGGGCGGCAAUCUAGGUGAUGCGGCCGAGCUGGCGGAGCGCAAGACAAAGGGCUCCUACUCGGACUAUCUGACCACGGUGCAGGACAAGGCGAGGGAGAGAUACAAUCAGAUGAACUGA